AUGCCCGUCUGGUCAAUCGAGCUCAACGCGACCAACACGUUCGGCGCAGUGGUGCUGCUGCUCGUCAUGGCGAUGAGCUCGACGUGGCUGCACUCGCACCACCAGCUGCGCCGGCGCGGCCUCAAGCCGCUGCCUGGCCCCUUCUCCAUCCCUUUCAUCGGCUGCGUGGGUGUGCCUCGCACGUACACUUGGCGCCACCUGGCCGCCUGGAGGAAGCACUACGGCCCCAUCUACCGCGUCGUCAAGGGCCACGACACGUACGUCGUGCUGGGCACCACCACAGCCAUCACGGAUCUGCUACAGCACCGCGGGUCCAUCUACAGCUGUCGUCCGCGCCUGAUCAUGGGCAACGAUAUGGCUGAGAUGGGCCUCUCCAUCCUCCUGACGCCCUAUGGCUCGCUCUUCCGCAAGCAUCGCGCGGCGAUGCAGCCGGCCCUGACCAAGCCGAAAUGCGCCCGGCUGCAGGGCGGCAUCGACAAGGAGGUCCGCGUGCUGCUGCGUGACCUCGUCAAGAGCCCACUCGAGUUCCGCACGCACGUCGACCGCUACCAUGUCUCGUCGAUCGUGCAGAUCAUCUACGGCUUCCGCGUGCCCGAUGCCAAGACGAGCCCUGACGUGCAGACCAUCCUCGAGAUCAACGAACACUUGUUCGCAGCCGUGAGGCCAGGACACUGGCUCGUUGACGCAUUCACCGUGAUCGAGAAGCUGCCGACCUGGAUUCUGCCCACGAAGAAAACCGGCAUGCAGUGGCUGCUGGAGGCUCUAGACGUCUUCAAGCGCAUGCUUGGCGAGGUCCGCGAGGCCGACCGCCACGGCGCGGCGCCUGACUGCUACGGGCUCGACAUCAUUCGCUCGCAGGCGGAGCCCAACGGUCUGAGCGACGACGAGGCGGCCUUCGUGUGCGGCUCGAGCUUCAGCGCCGGCAGCAACGCGCUGACCUCUGCGCUGCUGGUGGCGAUGAUGGCCUUCGUGCUGUUUCCCGAGGCUGCCGACAAGGCACGUCACGAGAUCGACUGUCUGGUCGGCAGCGACCGCUUGCCCACGCACGAGGAUCUCAUGAGCCUGCCAUACACCGCCUCCUUCAUCAAAGAGCUCAUGCGUUGGCGCCCGUUCGUGCCGGGCGGCAUGCCACACCGCCUCACCCGCGACGACGAGUACAUGGGCUACCACAUUCCCAAGGGCGCAUUUAUCCUCGGCAACACCGAGUCGAGCCACAACGAUGAGGCCGUGUUCGACGAGCCGCACGCGUUCAAGCCGGAGAGAUGGCUGCACCAGGGCGAGGCCGAGGCGAUUCUCGACCUCGCUCACGCCAAGGACAAGCUCAUGAUCCACCCCUUUGGCUUUGGCCGUCGCAUCUGUCCCGGCAUGAAUCUCGCCAUGCGCUCUCUCGGAACGAGCAUCCCUGCGCUGCUUUGGGGCUUCGAAUUCGCACAUGCACUCGACGAGCAGGGCAACCAGAUCCCGAUCGAUCCGCUGGCCUUCAGUGACACCCUGAGCUCCGAGCCGCUGCCUUUCAAGCUUACGAUCACGCCGCGCUCCGAGGAGCGCAAGCGUGUGAUGGAGGAGGAAGGCUGGGCCUCGCGAGUAGAGAAGUAG